UGAGGGCGCGCGGGCCGCCGGCUGGGGCCCGGAGGGCGGCGGGCGCGCGCGGGCUCUGUGGGUCUGCGUGUGUGUGUCCGCGUGGGGGAGAUGCUUCGGAGCCCUGCGACGGGGUGUUUCCUUCCGAAUGGUUUUGGUCAGCAAUCCAUUAGGGGAUCAUGAAACUGUUUUUGGCUAAAAGGAUGAAAACUGAGCCAGCCACUAUUUACUGUCAUCCAAGGAAGGGCUUCUACUCUCCACCUCAGACUUUUGAAACCUAUGAAUCUUUGGCAUAACCCUUUGGAAAGUUCUUAAGCGGGAAUGGAGCAAUCGAUAUAAGUCGUGGAAGAAGACAGAUUUGUACUUUUCAUGCUGACAAAAAAGAGCUGCAAUGACUUUCCCGGCAAUGUGGACGGGGGCCAAGUGAAGCUGAACUGGUCAUGGUCUGUCGUCCAGGGUUCCUUUGUCGUCGGCGCUUCUGCCCCCGGCCCUUCUUGGUGGGCUUGGUGGUGGCAAUCUGUCUCUUCUACCAGAGCCUGACGCUCCGAGGGACAAGGAAGCAAUCAGCUGCUGUCCCUGGAGCUGCCCCCGGCACACCCACUGAAACCCAGGCAAGCAGAUGCAAGGAAGGAUUCUCCCUGGACAAACAGUGCUUCCUUCUCUCCAGUAAUGUGCAAGAAAUCAGAAAGAUGGAAGAAUCCAUUGAGACACACUUUGGCAGCCGCGGCAGAAGGGCCAUACUCUACAGGCCUGCUUCCUACAGCAGAAUGGAGCUGAAGCUCCACCAGCGCAUUCUCACACAACACCACUUUACAGUUGUCAUCACUGAAGAAAGGCUCAGUGGUGGCCUUGGACUGGGGCUGCUGGAAAAAGGUGAUUUGGACUCUUGGGAUCUGCUCAUUUGCCUGUCUUCUCAGAAAGCUGGUGCAGAACCCUGCAUACCCAAGGAAGACAUAUGUCAGUUAAGUUUACAUCAAAAGGUAAACAUAUUGCCAGAAAUACAGCAUCAGCUUUGCACAAAGGAAGGAUUAUGUGAAAUAAUUAGAAGAUUUCCAGACUUACGACUUCCAGUGAGCCCCUCUGUGUGUCUGGAUCAGAGCACGCAAUUAAAGCUGAGUACUUCGAGCCACCUUUUAAAAACAAUGAAGCCGCGUAUGUGGAAACCAAGGCAGUGGAGGCAAGAACAGCUGAAUCAAACGGCCAUCCUUGCUCCACGUGAAACAAUCUUUAGAACUGAAGAUCUAUCUGUGAUUCUCAAAGCAUAUGUUUUGGUGACAUCCUUCAUGCCUUUGCAUGCAUUCAUUCAUUCAACUGGCUCGGUUUGGGAUCCACCAAAGAAAAAACGCUUCACUGUCAAGCUGCAAACAUUUUUUGAAACAUUCCUGACAGCCAGUUCACCUCUUCAGGCUUUUGAUAAUAUGAAGGAAGCAAUUAGCAAGCUCCUGCUAGCUGUUGAAGUGUUCAGUGAAACAUCUACUCUGGGACCAAAGGCUUUUGAAAGAUGCAGGUUGUGUUUUCAACUUUUAACUUUUGACAUAGGCUAUGGAGGUUUUGGGUACCCUAUAGUGCUACAGGUUCAUGAGCACUUGAAUUUUCAAAAUGAUGAUAAUAUGGAUUUUGAGGACCAAAACACAAAAGAAUUCCUUUUAAAAGAUACUUUCAGUUUUCUCUUCUCUAAUGAAUCUUCAUUUUCCAUGUUUUCUGAGAUAGUUCAGGAACUUCAUAGAUCAGGUGUGUUCAAGGGUGAAAACUAUAAAAAGAAACUAAACCAAUGCCUGUCUUUAGAGGAGAUUAACUCAAUUAUGACUUUCAUAAAGGAACUUCAGAGUUUGGGACAAUUCCAACUGCUCUUCCCAUCUACUACUCCUGGGAUUCAAUCUUUGAUGCAUGAGUUUUAUGAUGUGGCAAAUACUAUGGGAAAACCUGUUUCAGCCCUCACCCAAUACCGAUCUCUUUUAAGUGUAUUUGAACACUUUCAGCUCCUAAAUAAGAAGGUACAGCUCCAGCCACUGGAAUGGAAUUCUUUCGUAGAGGAUGAGAACAUUGAAAAGCCCCAAGUGCCAUUUGAUGCCAUUAAAAACAAAAAAGCUGCAGUUCCACAAAGUAUAAAUGAAACCGAAGAAGUGCAUUGCAGUGAUGAUGAAGACAUGCAAUGUUAUAUCAAGCAGAUCUUCAUAUAUCCGCAUUUGGAACUAAAUCCUGAAUUUAACCCCAAGAUCAAAGAUUAUUACUCUGAAGUCCCAUUUGAUGUGGUAACAGUGGCAGUUGGAGCAGAGACUUCUAAGUGUCAGUGCAAGGUGUCCCUGUAUGAACGGGCAGGGCCAAGCUUUGCCAACUACCCUCUGGGUUUAGGAAUGAACAAAAUCUCAAUGCUUGUGGUAGAUGAGUCUCCAGCACAGGGUGAGACCUUGAUCACAUACAAACUCACCAUCUAUAGAGAAGACCGUCCGAGUCUGCCUUUGUUUGAGGACUUCACAGCAUGUGGUUUUGUGCAGGAGAAAAGAAAUUCUGUCUACCAACCUUCUGAAACCCACAAAGAGGUCAAAAUCAAGGUUGCAACUUCCUCAUCAGCUGCCAUCAAGGCUGCCUUCCCACCAUUCUCUGGAAUUCACUGGGCCAGGGUUGUUCUGUAUGCUCGUGAAAUACAGGACUGUGGCUUGCUGAUUCACCCGGAAGAGACCUGCGGGUUACAGCCUAUUUCCUCCGACUACAUUGAAGCCAUUUCACAGCCUGAACUGAAGAUUUGUCCAUCUGGGGACACAAAAGGCCAAUGGAUCGUACCUUGCCUUAGCUGUUCAGACAACAGGACCUGUGACUGGAGAGAAAUAACUUGGCAGCCCCACAACUGCCAAUAUGGUGUCCUAACUAAGCCUCAGCUCCAGCAGUGCCUAAGAGGAAGGAAGAGAGGCAUUGGGAUAAACGAAUGGUCUUCCCAGAGCUACAGCUACCAGAUUCAAAAUAUGCUCUCUAGCUAUUUGCAAUUCAGAAGAACUCGGUUUUUGCAGUUGAUGAUUCUUUUCAUUGGAGAUUCAACCAAUAGAGGCAUAAUGUACUAUCUGAUUGAAAGACUGAAUGAAACCUUGCAGGAAUGGCAGAAGGCGCACGGCACAAAAAUAUAUCACAACAUCAAUGGGGGAAAGACUUUGAUCAGUUAUUCCUACUAUCCCCAGUUCUGGAUAAGCCCUUCGUUAAGACCGACAUUUGAACAAGCACUUGAACAUCUCUUGCAAAGAUCACGUCCUCUGGAGAAUACGGGCCAGACAAUAUUGGUCGUUGGUGGUGUUCAGUGGCUUAAUUCCAAUCACCUGGAAAUUAUUCACAAGGUUUUGAAGAGGGAAAAUUUGCUCAAUAUCCUUGUGAUCAUUAAAACUUUGGGAAUUGGAUUUCAUCUGCCAGUGAAUGGAGUGCAUUUCUUAACACAGAGUGAAGUUCAGAACUUAUGGAAAGAAAAUUUGGUUAUUCUGGAUGCUGCAAGAACAUAUGGCUAUGAAGUGGUUGACACCUUCACCAUAACAAUGGGGAGAUACAAAGAGUUUUUGCAGGGGACCUGUGGAUGUCAUUUCCAUGAGGUAGUGAAAUCAAAGUCAUCCAAAGAAUAUCAUUUUAUUAAAAUGAAACAAUCAAGAAAUCAUAUUGUGGGAAAAUAUUUCAGCAAGCAAAGCAAUCUACAACAGCAACAAAGCUCUGUGACAAAUGCUCAGUCACCAUAUCACGUCAGAGGUCCAGUUAAUCAGGUUUACUCUGAAAUCCUUCUCAGCAGACUAUGUGCAGGUACAAGGACUGUGUAGACUCGCUGCAGGAGGACUGAGUUUGGGAGUGGAGACAAGGCACCACCCGGAUGACAUCUAAGAACCAAAUCCUGUACCUCACAUGUCUUUUGGACCUACAACCCCACUCCCACACUCCGGCACACAUGUGUACCCCAGGGCCCACAUAGCUAAAAAAAAGUGACAAUAACACCUUUUUCUACAGCUUUAUGAAGUCAAGUGUACACCUGAAAAUCAGUUGGUUUCAAAGGGUAAGAGAGAGGUAGAAAAACAUUACUUGAAGGGUAAUCAUAAACUAGAACCACUGUGGGCUAUUGACCAUUGUGUUAAUGAAGAGAAAUACAGACACUUGAAUGACAUGGAAAAAGGAUACUGCUCUUGAGUAUCGUGUUACCUUCUCUAUCGGUACAUUAAUACUAAAAAGGGAAAAAAGCAAUUACAUUCCAUGUGCAAGUAGGAAUUGAGCUUGUGUCCUUUACCAGGAGAAAAUGUGGUGUUUAUGAUGGCUUAGACUUUGUGAAUCUAGUGCUUAGGAAAAACAUUUCUUCCUAUUAUUUUUAAAUUUUAUAAUUGAAAGGAAAAGAACAUGAAUGCUCCACAAGGGAAUUCGAAGAGAUCCUACAAGAGAGAUAGGAAGUGUAAUAUUUUACAUUUAAAACACCAAUAUAUUUAACUUUGCACUCUGUACUUUUCAUAAACAUUCCCUCCUAUCCUGCCUGUGAAUUUGGAUGGGUGACUGCAGUCUAAGUUGAUCAAAUACAUAAUUUUAAAGUGACAAACAAAAUAGAGUUCCUCAUGUAUUACUUUAUUAUGUUUCAUUGAUGAUAUUACUUAAGAAAGCUUUUCUUUGCCAUUAGAGUCCUAUGCAAUUUAAGAUUACGAUUACAUUUUAUAUAAAUGUUUUGCAAAGGAUUAGGCAUUGUCUCAAGUGCAUAGGUAUUUAUUUCCAUAGAGCAUUAUACAUGUCCACAAAUACAACUAUGUUACUAGUAACGGUUCCUGGGCAACUGUAUCUAAUCCAAAUUUAAAACAGGCAUAAAACUAUUUUUUAUUAAAACUGUGGCAUACAUAUAAAACAUAUCAAAUUCUAGCAUUGAGAACUUUCUCUUCUAUAUUUCAAUUUCAAAAUAGUAAAUAUAUUUUACAAAGGUUUUGUUGUGAGAUAACAUCACACAGUUACCGGGUUUUUAAAGGCUUAUCCUUCUUUUCAUAAAAAUAAUGCUGAGAGGGUUAAUUCAAUACAUGGCUGAAAAUACCAAAUGUACAAAUACCUCAAUUUCAUUACCAUACAAAAAACAAAACAUUUCUAUUGAUCAGUUCCUUAGUAUGAAUAUCCAACUCCUUAAAAGUCUAUUUUUAUAUAUAUUUUUAUAUGAAAGUAAACAUGAAUUUAUAUUUAACUGUCUAAAAUUAUAUUUAAGUACAAAUAUCACUUGAUAUAAACAAUACAUAUCUGGAUCUGUGAGAUAGAUUUUCAAAAAGAAUGUGAUAAAAUAAGCUUUUGAUGUGAAAGAUUUUUCUAAUAUCUGCAGCUCUAUGCAAACAUCAGUUUCAGGCUUUCAAAGAUUGUCUUUUAAUGAUAUAAAAUGUUGCCAAUUCAUGCAGCUUCUCCAUCAAGUUUUAAUGUAUUUACUUAUACUAUAACAGGAUUAUAGUUGGUGGAAGUUUUUUGGAAUUUACUCACAAGCCAACUGUAAUAACUGUCUGACUGAGGUUAAUCUGGCAAUUAACCUCUUCAUCAUUGAAAUAAUAAUGAUUUUAGAAACAAUUGUAAUAAUACUAUUAAUAAAUAAAUGUCUUCUAGUAAUA